UACUUUCGUUUCCCUCACGAAACAUUUUAAUUUUAAGCCUGAAACUCGUAUUUAUGAAGCUCGUGCAUCGGAAAGAGGAACCGACGGCGGCGGGGGAACCGACGGGGCUCCAUUACGCACACGGUGCGUCGUGUCUCUAACUAGCCGGAGACACAGAGACCUUUCCUCCCGCUGUGCGCGAGGAGCCGCGCGCGACCACCAUGAUGGAUGCAGCUGAUCAAGAAGCGUUGGUGGAGGAUGCGGAUCAGCCUCUGGCGCCUCACAACGGCGUCAUAAAUGAACUGCUGGAUGUGGGACGUGAAGACAACAUGCAGGGCCAGAUGGAGGAGUUCCUGGGCCCGCAGGCAGAGUACAACGAGGAGGAGGAGGAGAGGAAGUACUACAGGAGGAAGAGGCUGGGUGUCAUCAAGAAUGUCCUGGCAGCCAGUGUAGGAGCCAUGAUCGUGUACAGCGUGUACAUGGGCCUCCUGCAGAUGCAGCUGAUCCUCCAUUAUGAUACGACCUACCGGGAGGUGAAGUACAGCAACCUCGGCCUGGAGAACAUCGACAGCAAGAUGAUGAUGGGCAUCAACGUCACCCCCAUCAUCGCCCUGCUGUACACCCCUGUUCUGAUCAGGUUCCUGGGCACCAAGUGGAUGAUGUUCCUGGCGUCGGGGAUCUACGCGCUCUUCGUCUCCACCAACUACUGGGAGCGGUACUACACCUUGGUGCCGUCGGCCGUGGCCAUCGGCGUGGCCAUCGUGCCGCUCUGGGCCUCCCUGGGAAAUUAUAUCACCAGGAUGGCGCAGCAGUACUACGAGUACGUCCACUACACGGAGGACCACGGGCAGAAGAAGCUCCCCAAGGGGGCGUGUCACCAGUACAUCGUCGUCUUCCACUCGCUCUUCUACGCCAUCGUCCACCUGAGUUUCGUGUUCGCGCAGUUCCCCAUGUUUGUGCUGAACGGCUACCUCCACGGGAUGAAUCACACGCUCCAGAACGUCAAGUCCUGCGGCGCCAACAUCAGCGGCGUGAUCCCCGGCUUCAACACCACCGUGCUCACCAACCUGCCGCGCUCCAUGCUGCUCAUCCAGGUGGAGAGCGUCCUCAUGGGCUUCGCCUUCCUCGCCAUGAUCAUCUUCCUGGUGCUCUGUGGCCCCGCCUACCGCCCCACGGAGGAGAUCGACCUGCGCAGCAUCGGCUGGGGGAACAUCUUCCAGCUGCCCUUCAAGCACCUGAGGGACUACAGGCUGCGGCUGCUGAGCCCGUUCUUCAUCUACAGCGGCUUCGAGACGCUGUUCGCCAUCACCGGCUUCUCCCUGUCCUACGGGGUGUGCGUCCUGGGCCUGGACAAGCUGUGGCUCCUGGUGAUGGUGUACGGCGGCUCCUGCUCCGUGUUCUCCUCACUCUCCCUCUGCCUGCUGCGCCUCCCUCGCUGGACGUGCCUGGUGGGCGGCGCCGCGGUGCACGCCGUGCUGCUGGUGGUGCUCCUGGCCUUCUCCCCACCUCCGAGACAGGUGGAGUACCUGGGCCCCCUGCUGGUGAUCUCCGUGCUGUGGGGCCUCGGCACGGCGCUCAACAAGACCGGCGUGAGCACUCUGCUCGGCAUGCUCUACUCCGAGGAAAAAGAGCGUCUGGACUUCGUCUACACCAUCUACCACUGGUGGCAGGCCAUCGCCAUCUUCAUCGUCUACCUGUGGUCACACCUGCCCAUGAGGGCCAAACUCUCCAUCCUAUUGGCCACUCUGGCGGUGGCCUGCUCCUGCUAUUGGCUGAUGGAGCGUCGGCUCGCCAUGAAGGUGCCUUUCCGACUGCCUCGCAUCCCGCGGCCGCGACACAAGGUCAAAGGUUACCGCUACCUGGAAGAAGACAACUCGGAUGAGUCAGACUCUGAGAGAAGCGAGGAGGAUGACGAAGAGGAGAGGGUGGACGGAGAGCACGCGGUGGAAGAAGAGAUGGAGAAAGAAGAGAUGGUGGGAGCGGAGGACGAGGAGAAAGGAGAGCGGCGAGUCGACUCACCCGGAGCCCGGAGGAGAGGAGCCGAGGGUCGCCGGCAGAGGGAGGACGCGAGGGUGAAGGAGGCAGGGAGCGAAGAGCACGAGGGAGGAUGAGAGAAGAAGACAAGGGAGGAUGAAGGAGAGACGUACAAGAGUUUCAGAUGCUGUUGUGCUCUUUUUAUAUUUUACACCACAACAAAAGGUUGUUUUGUUCUUUUUCUGGUAUAAACGUUUUAUUAAAAAGCUCCAAUAAUAAUAGAAAAGCGGGAAAUGAAAGAAAAGGAAAAGGAAGGAAAAGAAAAGAAAGGGAAAGAAAGGGAAAAGGAAAGAAAAGGAAAGGGAAAAAACCACAUUUUAUUCUUUGACAAACACAUUUUUUUAAACACGCGACAGGAAAGGGAACGAGGAAGUGAUCUUCCAAGUGUCCUCGGUGUGAAGUCAUUCAUAAGCAGCCUCCACUUCAUUUCUUCUUCUGCCUUUUUAUCAUUUUACUCGCAGCCCCUUUCUUUAUGCACAUUUUAAAAAAAUUAAAGCAUGCUUAUUUUGCAGAAGUUGAAUAUGAAUGUUUGUUUCAUGCUUUAAUUCAAUAUGCAGCAGGUACGGUAAGGAAUUCAUUUAUUAGGUACUCAAUAUGUGCAGCGUCUCAAUUGUUUUUUAAUGCGGUUAUCUUUAAUACAACAAUAAACAAGAUUAAAAGUCUC